GAGAGAAGGGGCAAUGAUCUGAUGGGGACUAUGGAGUUUCCAAAUGUUCAUAGUGCAGUUGCUCUAGAAAUGUUUCUUGUAGUCCAAUCUGCAAAGAGACACAACACUGCUGUGCAUAAGCUGCGGGAAGAGAAACAAGGGGGAAGCCUUGUCCUACAGCAAAACCAAGGAUGUAUUUUUUGCAAGAAACAAGUAAUUACAGCCUGCUCGCCUCAAGGAACCCAGUCAACAGAAGUUUAUAAUAGUAAUUCUACUACACAGUUGUUUGAGAUCUCCUCUGAGAAAGGAACCCCGGUGACAGUAGAAGUUCAUAAUAGUAAUUCUACUCCACGGUUAUUCAAGAAUAUCUCCUCUGAGAAAGGUUUUCAAGUGAAACCCAGCCAACCUGAACUGAAAGAUCAGCACGCUUAUCCAUGGGACAAAUCAUGCUUAAAAUCUAUGCCUUUGGACCUGAAGCAAUUUGAAAAAUUGGAUGCAUAUGCAGAAAAGGUGAAUGCCAAAAGCAAUGUGGAAGAAUUAGUGGAAAACUUGCUCCGUGUAGCACAUACUGACCUGGAGAAAGUUAGAGCCAUUUGGAUAUGGAUAAGCCACCACAUAGAAUACGAUGUCGUAGGUUACUUCAAUACAAAGAAUGUGUCUUUAAAUCCCCAGGAUGUCUUGCAGAGUGGAAAGAGCAUUUGUGCGGGAUAUGCUAGCCUCUUUGAAGAAAUGUGCAGAAUUGCAGGGAUACACUGCAUGAAUAUAUCUGGUUAUGCUAAAGGCCGUGGCUACAAAGCAGGACAGACCUUUAAAGGAGACUCCAACCAUGCCUGGAAUGCAGUUUACCUUGAUGGAAAGUGGCAUUUGGUAGACAGCACUUGGGGGAGCGGCUCUGUUGAUGAAUGUAACAACACAUUUACCUUCAGAUACAAGGAAUUUUACUUCCUCACCCACCCUGCACUCUUUAUUAAUGAUCAUUUCCCAGACAACAGCAACUGGCAGCUACUCAAACCAACUGUGGCAUUAAAACAGUUUGAAAAGAACAUGAAGUACCACAGUAACUUUUACAUGAUGGGACUGCUGGUGGCCCAUCCAGAAACACCUAUUAUUCAGACAGUAAAUGGAAAAGUCACAAUAGUAGUGGAGGGCUCUUCUCCAAUGCUGUUCAUGACUGAACUGAAAAGGGCAAAAGAAUACAGCCUGAUGACUUUGAAGAAGAAUGGGAUGAAACUAGAACUAUACCCACAGCAGAUGGGGACUCAUGAACUCCAAAUCUUUGCCAAAUCGCCUGAAGGAAGCUAUGACUUCAUCCUAGAAUACAUCAUUGAGUGCAGUUCUAUAGACACUAAUGUUUGCUUCCCAAAGGAACUCAAUCAACCAGUUGGGCCCAACUGGUUCACAAAGAAACAGGGGAUCCUCAGACCUUCACAAAAAGAUCCAGUUAUUCAUACUAAUGAUGGCUGUUGUAACCUCAGCUUCAUCCUCGGUAAAGACUUGGACAUUUUACCCUCAUUGCGUUCAGACAGCAUAAGCCCUAGUAAAGAUGUAAGAACACGACAUAUCUUACAACAACGACAAGGAAAUCAAAUAAACUUUAAGAUCCAUCUUCCACAUGCUGGGAAUUUUGCUUUCUGCAUUUUUGCUAAAAAAAAGUCAGAUCCUGGUAACUAUGACUAUAUCUUUAAUUACCUUAUAUGUUGUCCAAACACUAAGGUCAAAUGGCCAAUGUUCCCCCUGAUGUAUAGUAACUGGGCAGAAGACUAUGAAUUAGUGGAACCUCUGUCUGCAUUUCUACCAGCCAACUGCAACAUUAAGUUCAAACUUAAACUUCACAGCAUUGCCAAAGCAUUUGUUAAAUGUGAAAAAGAAUGUCCCUUGUCUCUUAGUAAAGAUGGCUACUGGGAGGGAUCCUGUAGUACUUCUGGAUGCAGAGAGAUAUAUGUGAUGGUGUUGGAGAAUACAAACCACAACUACUCAUAUAUUUUGAAAUAUGAAGUAGAAUCACAGUAAUAGGCCACUUGAACUUUUCCCAUCUGCCCACAUGCACAAUAUAUGAUCUAACUACAAUCCAUUUCACUCUGAAUAAUUUAUUUUAUGCUGUUGGAUGACAAUACUCAUGCUACUAUAGCAGCAGCAAAAUAAUUUAACUUGAUCAACCCCCAUCCCUUGAAACUUUUCACUGAUGUUAUAUGAUGCAUGAGGUUUAUACAAAAUGUAACUUACUCAUUAAGAACCAAGCAAAACCUUUCCAUAAAUAAUUUCAACAUUACAAAAUUAUGUAGGUACCCAGCAUAUAAAAAAGCAAUUAUACAUAUCUUCUCACCCUUCUUGCCAUAAUUUUGAGAUGUGACCACUGAUUCGGAAAGGAUAUGUUCAACAUUUUCACAUAUAAUAAAAGAGGGCUGUGGAAUUGAUGUUGGACCAAAAAAAGACAUAUUUUUACUGUCAAUACAAAAGUGGCAAGACUUGGAUGAAACAUGAAGAAAUAUGCUUUUACAAGAGUAUAAUGUAAGCUUUCUUGUGUACUUCAUUGUCUUACAAAUAUAAAAUACUGAAAAGUUUUAUACUAGACCUUAAAUGCAAUUAAAUGCUCAUUUUUACUCACCUAGUGAAUGUUUUUAAUAAGAAUCUCUUAUCUCUAUGUAAUUUAAAUAAAUAAAAAAUUUACUUUGGGAAAUGCUCCUUCCUGAACUACACGCUGAAGUACUUCAGGAUAACAUAAGACAAACUAGAUCAGGAGUCCCCAGCCUGUGGGCCAUGAGGGGACUGAAAAUGGGCUAUGGAAAUGUAUGUGUGCAUUCUCAAGUGUACGAGCAGUGGCAGGCGUGCAUGCACGCUGCUCAUUUUAAUGGAGCUGCGCACGCACAAGUGCGCUUUUCAGCCACUCACACAAACCAUCCGUUCUCAUCCUCCCCAGUCCGCAAAGCCUGAACAGCUGGGGAACUCUGAACUAGAUUACUACAUAACUAAAUACAAAAAGUUAUUACUGAAACUAGUGCUUUCUUUAUAUAGAAAUUCUUUUUAAUCUAUGGUUUUGCUGAAUCAAAAAUAAAUGAAUGUUACAAAUUAUUCAAUCCAUUGUAUUUUAAACUAGCCACAUUUUGCAGAUUUUUUUUUAAAAAAUAACUUCUCUAAUGAAAUAUGGUGCGGAAGCUUAUUUAAAAUUAUCCUGGAAUGUUGCAAAUUUGUAUCAUUAAUUAAUUUUUGAUUAUAUGUUUCAUAUA